AUGCCGACCCCCGAGUCCGAGAUCUUCAAGAGCCAGAAGCCCAAGGUGGCUCCCACCUUCAACGGCGUGGACUACGACGACACCAAAGCCUUCAAGCAGGCCGAGGACGCCAUCAUCCGGGAGCAAUGGGUCGACGCGAUGAAGACCCGCCUCGUCGGCGAGGAGCUGGGCAAGUGCUACAUGCGUGAGGGCGUCAACCACCUGGAGAACUGCGGUCAAUUGCGAGAGAAAUACCUGCAACUCCUGGCGACGAACAAGAUCAAGGGCACCAAGUUCCUGCAGCAAAACUACAUCGACAAGAAGGACGAGGAGCUGGACCUGGCGGCCAAGGUGCACACGAGCGACAAGGUUGCGCGGCUCAACCAGGGCCGGUUUGCGUCUUGA